UGCAGCGCUUUGCAUGGAAAAUUCACCGUCAGAGUUGAAGGAGUGCAGCGUCAUCUACAGUCAGAGAUGGGGCAGGAUACUGUGAAUGAUGGUGAUGCUGCCACCGACACGUAUCCCGUGACAAGUUUCCAUAGUUACCUGCACGGCGGUACAGCCAGCCUUGUAUCCACUACCCUAACAACCAUCGCAACAUUCCCGCUAUACAAGAUUGUCUUCCGCCAACAGCUGCACAACACGCUUGUACGAGAGGCUGUGGCUCAACUCUAUGGGGAGGGGUUGCGCAAGCUUUACCGUGGCGUUGCUCCUCCGCUUUUAGUCCGGACACUCCAAGGCACAUUGUUAUUCGGCAUUCAGGACACCCUACAACGUCGUUCCUCUAACCUGGUCCCAGAGCACCUCCCCAGGCCACUGCUCCAGGCUGUGGCAGGUGUGGGUACUGGCGUGGUGGAAGCUCUGGUAUUCACCCCGCUUGAACGUGUGCAGAACGUGCUUCAGAACGGCAAAAAUGACCACCGCCUCCCAACCCAGUGGAGCGUCCUGGUGCGUUUGAGCUCUGAGCCCCUUGCCCUAGGGUUCUACCGAGCCCUGCUGCCCAUUGUUGCCCGCAAUGCCCUGGGCAGCGGCAUCUACUUUGGUCUGAAAAACCCAGUGAGAGAUGCCUUGCACCAGCAGGGUCUCUCCCCCACGGCUUCCUCGUUCACCUCGGGUAUGGUCAACUCCCUGAUCAUCAGCCUGCCACUUUACCCACUCUCGGUGCUGGUGGCCAACAUGCAGGCUGGCGUGGGGCAAGAGGAUGCCAGGGGCGGGCUGAAGAAGAGUGCCCGCAAGCUUUGGGCGGCUCGUCAGCGGAGCGUAGCGCUGCUGUACCGCGGAGGCUCACUGGUCAUCCUGCGCUCUUGCGUCAGCUGGGGCAUCACCACGGCCAUCUACGACCGCCUGGAGAGAAGCUCGUCCGGCUGAGACAAAACCACACCUGGUGGGAGAGAAGCAGACCAGUGUACCUGUUGGAGGGGUAGACGCAGCCCAAGACACACCAUCCAUACUGUGGCACUGUGUGCAUCCAUCCACAGCAUCCAAAUGUGCAUCCAUCCACAGUGUUUUCUGUUAUCAUGGGAGUAAACCUUUAAAAUAAAUAGCCUUAAGAAUAGAUAAUAAAAAUAUGUAAAAAGUACUAAAUAAAAAUGUAUGUGGAAGGAUGGAGAGUUCUGGUCACCUUAA